UAGUAAUAAAAGAGACAGUUGAUUGCGCCCGUCUGAGCGGUAUUAGCUAUGUAUGUAAUGUGGUAGUGGUUACUUUCUUAUUAACACCUAGAGUUGUGGUCCCCCCAGUUACCGCCGCUGUCGCGUUGCUCGUGUUCUCCUAGUUAACAGAUUCUGCCAUUUCUCCUACGAAGGCGGUCGGGAUUAAAUAUAUACGGGUGGUCUCUUUCUCGACCAACCCUCUCUCCCUCCCUCCUUUUUUUUUUCAGAUCGUCAUCCAUCACCGUUUCGUCUUGCGUCGCUUUGUUAAUCAUCAACGCCAGGUAAGUCUGCUCCCUGCACACUCACUCCAGAGUGUGGUGAGCGAGUUCAGUGAGUCAUGGUAUGACCCAACUGAGUGGCUAUGAGAUUAAGUCCAGACUGUCUUGGUGAGGCUUGUUGUUAAUGACCAGCGUGUUGCUCUUGAUGAUGGAGUGACCCGUGGUCGCUUCGGAUUGAUGGCCGAACCGUUGAUCGAAAAGGAUCACCUAUUGAUUGAUCGCCUUCUGUCAGGAUGUCUACCCACGAGGAACUCCGUGAGAUGGUUCGAACAUUGCAGGCGUCUGUUACGGCGCUCUCCAACCAACUAGUGACCCACGUCGACGCGCCUACGUCGUCUGGUGCUAGACUUUCAAGCGUCCCUGAUGCUCCGGCCCCUGGUACGAUCGUUCCCUCUGGGUCGGGCCCUCUCGUAUCAGCUCAACCACUGGAGGACCUAUUCGUAGGGCGCGGCGUUAACCAAGAGGAGUCGAGCGUCAUUAUGGUUUCCUCUAGUGCCUCGUCCAUUAAUAAUUCGUUAGAGGGGGCUUCCCUCUAUUCGGAUGCCGACGAGGGGGAGAACGACGAGGACCAGAGCGUCUCAGUUGGUCCCACUGUUCCUCCUGCUCUGGCUCAGCGAGCCACUCGUUCGCAGACGCGCGGUCGCGGUAGCUCUCGCCCUACCACGGUUCCUGAGGCGGUUCCGGCUACUACUCCGAUUCGUAGUGCUGGUGGAGGCAGUCGAGGUGCUCGUGGUGCUGGUGGUGCUCGUGGUGGAGGGUUCGCUCGAGGACGUGGACGUGGAACCAUUACUAUACCCGGAAGUGCCCAGACAGCUCCUGGGACCUUCGCUACUCCCGUUGCUCCCCCUCAGUUCCCUAUUGGUAGCAGUGCUCCAGUUGGUCAAGGUCGAGAGCAUGGGGCCCGCCGGGAGGUUCCUUGCCAAGCUUGCAUUCGAAGUGCCGCAUGGAAUCGUUCGACUGGAGAGUGCUUCGAUUCUCUUCAGAGUACCACUCGCUGCCAUCGAUGCUCUUCGGGACACGUCUGUGCCCCCCUUCCUGAGGCUCUCGUACUUCCAGCAACACAUCUGGUUAUUGCUCGGAUCGAAUCCGCCCAGAACGUAUGCUCUCUGGAUCCUGGCCUUCUCGCCUGCUCGCUAAUAUUAUGUUCAGGCGAAUAAGCUUGCAGGCACUAUGAAGGGGCUUCUUGCCCUUUACCAGGAUGGGACGACCAUUCCCGCCAUUCCCGAGACGGAGGAGUCUCGGCGUGGAGCCCGCAACGCUCAAUGGUUUGCAGGUUUAGCCGCGAGCCCUAUUGCCGAGUCUUCGGCUGGGAUGGAGCGAGCAACGUCGUCUAGUGUUGUUCCAGAGCGGGAGGCGGAUGUUGAGAUGGGAGGUACCGGAGGAGACGAGGAGGUUGAGCGACCUGAGGGCGGUGAUCCCACAUUCGAGGAGUUCCUCCACGCUUCUCUUCACCGCUAUGCUGACCUGGUCUACAACGAUGUGCUUGACGAGUGGCACGAGUCGAGCGCAUCUCUUUCUGCUAGAUAGUCGCGCCAGGAUCGCCGUGCCCAGCGAUUCCGUGGUACCCGUCGAGUUCGCGGUGGUUGAGGAAGUCCAAGGGUCUGCCUGUACUUGAGAAUGGAGAGCAAGGAGAGGUUUAAGGGGGGAUAGCUAGAGGGCAUCAGACUCUGCUAAAGAUAUCGGGACUACUUCUCCGCGAGCAUCCUAUAGGUUGAGCAGUGAUCUAAAAUGUUCGAACUACUAACGUAGUAAUGCUUUCGUAAGUCCGUCUGCUGGCAUCUGGUCGGUAGGCUAUGGAAUCGUCAGAAGCCUCUCUC